GUACUUGAUUCAUCAUUUGCACAAUAUAUUCCUGCCAGAUACGAGGAAUUCAAGAAAAAUGGCAGGACUUACCAAUGGGACUCGGACAUUCUUGAUUUCCUGAAAGGAGAUGCCAAAAAGUACAAGAAGCCUUGGGGUGAUUGCAACGAGGUCUACUUCCACUGGUGCAUGGAAAAUCGGCACUGGGUCCUUUGCGAAAUAAAUUUCGUUGAUUGGAUGAUCACUGUAUUUGACUCAGAUCAUUCUAACUUUAGCCAUAAUAAGUUGUCUGAGUUGAUGGAGCCUUGGACUAGGAUGCUUCCAUCUUUACUCAACGCUUCUGGUAUGUUUAAAGGACACCCCAAGUUGAAAAUAGCUAGACCGAAGAUCACCGUUCCAAACUUUGAUUGGCGGCGCAUGUCCACUGAUAUUGUCCCACAGUCUAGAACCAGCGGAGAUUGCGGUGUAUUCGCCAUCAAACACUUGGAGUUCAUUCUUGGAGACAUUCCCUUAUCAUAUGCCAUCGAGGACAACAUUCAGUACUUCAGGGAUAAAUUAUGCAUCGACAUUUUUUAUGAGAAUGUGUACCCUUGAUGUUAGAACAUUUAUUUUGAUUUCGAUGACACACAAUAGUAUAUUUCUCCUUAGUAUUGUA